AUGCCCCCCAUCUUCCCAAUUUAUCCCGACUGGCCAGAGUCCGCCGCCGAUCUGGUGCCGCUGCCUUUGUGCCCCGGCCCCAAGCUUGCUCCCUUUGAUUUCGAAGGGCCGCAGAAAAUAGAGUUCCUCAAUUACCUUGGCGGGGGCCUGCAUUCCCACGUCCUCAAGGUCCGAAUCAAGGGACAGGAUUACGCCCUCAAGCUGUUCCGCUUCCCCUUUGAACUGGACUGGCUUGGUCCAGGCGAAGAUGAGCGCUACAACAGAACACGCAACAAGAUGUCCGCUUUCGCCGCAUACUCGGACCCGUUCAACAGCGAGUGUCGUGCGUUUGGUCGUCUGAAGGAGACUGGCCACGAGGACCUCGCCAUCCCCUGCUACGGCUACGUGCUGCUGGACGAGGCGCACGAGCGCAAGCUGCAGGACAAGUUCGAGCUCGUACUCAAUGGGAACUGUGAGUGGCAGACGGAUCAUGACAUGCGCGGCCUCUAUCCCUGCGAACGGAGCGGCAAACCGCCACCGAUCCGCUGCAUCGUGAAGAAACUGGCGAAGCUCGAAUGCGGCAUUGAAGGGCACACGAUGGGGGUGUCGAAGAAAGGACAAGCCCUCUACUUGGGCAGCGGCCGCGUGAACCCGAAAAUUGGCAACUUCAGCGUACCCGCCGCACGCAAGAUCUUGCGAACCUUGAUCCAUCUGCAUCAGCUGGGUAUUUUCCACGUCGACGUCCGACGCGAGCAGUUUUUGGACGGCCACUUCUGCGACUUCAGCACCGCCGUGACCAUACCGCAUUUCCUGACCAAUCCGGAGCUGAAUCCCAGACUGAACGCCGAGGAGAUGGCACUCAUGGAGCACGAAACGUUUGUGUAUGCCAUGUGUGAUUACUGGGCAUUUGAGACCAUGCUAUGCGAAGACAUGUGCAAGGAACCCCGCCAGACAUCCAGGUUGAAGGAGUUGGUGACCGUGUUCCCGCGAUGGGCGCGCUAUGAGGAGGGCUAUCCGCUUCGCGUGUACAAUCUUCGCCGCACCGCCGUGCGAGAACAACAGAGACAGCGUGUGUACGCAUUGGUCGACCCACGCAAGUUCGACUGGAAGGCACUCGCGGAGGUGGAACCGGGGAUGGAGGCAAGGCAGCGUCGCAAGGUCACGUUGCCCUUGCGCCCCGAACGGUGGUAUUUCGACUGCACUCCAGAGGAAGCGGCCGAACUGAAUGAGCGGAACCCGGCAUAUUGUACCUUGGAGUGGUUCGCGACAGAAGAGGGCUUUAUAUACCCUCAACACAGAUUUCGUGGUAUACGUGCUGACAAAAAGGUAAAGGAGCUGGAGGAGAGAGAGGAAAAGGCGCGAGCCGAGGCCGAGGCGGGUGAGGCUUGUAUCUAG